GGGGAAAAAACGAAAACUUUGCGCCGCAGGAUUCGAGGAAGAAGGUGUUUUUGGAUUCUCUGCUCGAACCAAAUUUUUUUUUUUUAUCCGCUUCUCCUUUAUCUUCAGGCUAGGUUGUGUUAAGAGAAGUGUUCGAUGGGCAAUUUUGUAACGACCGAUUCUAGGGUUUCUGAAAACGGAGUGCGAGCUGUUUCAGGUCAUAUCGACGGUUGUUCUGAUGAUAAUUUGAAGGGAAAUGAUGUUAAGAUGGAGAGUGUUAACGACGCUGGACCAAUCGAAGAUUAUGCGAUGAGUGAAGCUUCUUCAUUGCUGAAUACGAAGCAAGAUUCCAGAGUUAAUUGUGAAGAAGAGGAAGAGAUUAACAAUGCUGAUGAUGAAGAAGAGAAUGGGUUCCGUGUGGGAGAUUUUGUGUGGGUAAGAGAAGUCAAUAGCCAUCAAUGGUGGCCUGGAAAGGUUUACGAUUCUUCAGAUGCUUCAGACUUGGCUUUGAAGCAAAUGCACAAGGGUAAAUUACUUGUGGCAUAUUUUUGGAAGGAGACGUUUGCUUGGUGCUAUCCAGCGCAGUUGAAACCGUUUAUUGAGAAUUUCAGAGAGUUUUCAAAGACGAGCGGUUCUAAAAGCUUUGUCAGAGCUGUGGAAGAAGCUGUGGUAGAGAUUGGUGAACAUGUUGAGCAUUUGUUGGUUCCUGAUGAGGAUCUGGUUAGUCGUGUAGCAGUGAAUUCUGGUGUAAAGAAAGGUGUUCUUGUGCCUGAUGUUAGAAAAGAGGUUGUAUCGUCUUUGGUUCUUGAAAACCCUGGAAUAGUUCUCGAAGAUGUUGAGAGACUUGCGAAGACGGUUAGUUUUAGUGAUCUGCUAGAGAUUGAGGUUUUGAAGAGGAAAAUAUCUGCGUUUUAUCGGUCUAAAGGAAGGUUUGGUUUAGCUCAAUAUGAUGAGCAUCGAUAUAUCAUAGGGCUUGAAGACAAAGACGAUGAAUAUGCGUUGGAUUUUAGCAAAUCUUCUUGGCAGAGAGCAUUAAGAAAAUGCUCUGCGCUUGGUGGUAAAAAGAGGAAAUAUGGUGAUGAAGCUAUUAACGUUGAUCUUGCUGAUGUAGCAACCACUGGUUCUACUACUUUGAGGAGAAGAUUGAGUGAGGUUUCUAAGAACGAAAACUCUGAUCUGAAGCAAGUGGAAGAAACUCGUGAUGCGAAAAGUUUCUCGUCGAGGAAGAGGAAGAACAAAAGGGGUUUGGAGGAUGAAGAUGAAGAUGGGGUUGAGAAAAGAGAAGAAUCAAACGACUCAAACCAUUUAGAAGAGUGUGAGAAGAAAGAGGAUUCAGGUAUGGAAACUCCAAUGGCCUCACUCUGCAAAAGGCUCAGGUCUGAUGUUUCUUCAAGUGUUGAAAGGAACAAUGGAAGUGGUGAGACUACAGUGCAGACAGGUAAAAGAGAGAGGAAGAAAAGCAAAUAUCUUUCGCCAGAAUAUAUGACAGAUUUUGGUUGGGGAUCGAGAAAGAGCAAAAUGACGAAGAAUGCUGCUGAAAAAGCCUUAGAUUUUGUGAGUUUAGAAGCUGCACCAGAGGAAGUACUGAAUCUAAUCCGUUCGGUGGCUCUUGAUACACAAUAUGUAGAAGACUAUAAUAGCUCGUGUGACAUGAUAACAGAGUUUGUGUCCAUUUAUCGAAGCUUUACAUAUCAUGAUGGGGCCAAUCACAAGAGAAACAUUUCAGAGGAAGAUAAGCAGCCUGAAUUGAAGCAACAAGUAGUGGAUGAGAAAGAGACGGUGAAGAAGAUGAACAAGAGAGAACUUGAGGAGCAAUUUUCAAGUGUUGAGCUAGUUAUUAAGUCUGGCUUUGGACCUUCUGGUGCAACUCUGCCUUCAAAAGAUGAUUUGAUCAGAACAUACGAAAAGUUUGGAGCUUUGGACAAAAACAGAAGCUGUAUGUUCGACAAUAACUCCUGCGCACGGGUUUACUUCUUGAAUGUAUCUGAUGGAGAAGAAGCAUUUCGCAAGUCAUUAAAGAAAUGCCCCUUUGCUACUACUUCCACCGUUACAUUCAAGCUCCAGUUUCCUUCUUCGGAUUCACCUGAAAACACAAAUGAGAAGAAGGAAGCUGAAAUAAUGGAAAUCGAGUGUUUGAAAAAGAAGCUUGAGGAGAUGAGAGCGUUGCUGGAUCAAUCACAGGGAGAGGUUACGCAAGAAUUGAAGAUGAAACUUGAAGACGAAUCAAGAAACUUUCUGGACAAAGUACGCAAGAUGAGUGUUAAUUCCUCCUAGUCUUAAACCUCUUCUUGAUUAAGAUGUUUGUUUAUUAGUUGAAGACUUUUUAGCUUUUAGGAGACAAAAGGUUUUAAAGGUCUCUGAGACUAUAUUAUGCAGAACAUAAAACUAUGCCUUGUAAUUCUUUUUAU